UCUCGCCCAAGUAACAUGUCGUUCCUACGAGCGGUGCGGAAAGCUAUGGCAGGGGAGAGGGAGGAGCCAAAGUUUGAAGUUGUGAAAAAAUACGAUGAUCAUGACAUCAGAUCUUACCCUGAAACUGUCUGGAUCUCCCUAAAGGUUACAGGCAAGACGCAUGCUGAAUGUGGCCGACCAGAGUUUUCUCGAUUGCUGGGUUACAUCAAUGGAAACAAUGAAACUGGUGCUUCUCUAGCGAUGACUUCUCCAGUUGUAUUUCGUGUGAGCUUUGAAGAAACGGAGGAGUUGACCAUGUCGUUAUUCCUGUCUUCUAGUGUCGCAGAUCCACCUAAACCCAAAGACCCAGAUGUGUCGUUCUUCAGAGCUCCUGCAGGACAACUGUUUGUCAG